AUGGAAAUGCCAAAACUGAUAUGGACAAUUAUUACACUAUUACUAUUCGCAUUGGAAGUUCUAGCAGCAGCAUGUUGGCGAGACACCAUCUGCACAGGACCAACUGAAGCCGCAUUCCCUGGGCCCUGGGACCAAUCCAUCUACGCACCUCGCAACCGCACCGUGCGUCCCCGCUCCGUCUUCACGCUUCGCGACCGACGUCCCGCCAGCUACCCGCGCACCGCCACUCUCCGGGGCAACGGCACAACCGUCGUGUUCGACUUUGGCUACGAAGUCGGCGGCAUCGCAACACUUACUUACACCAGCAACGGCACAGGCACCAUCGGCAUCGCCUUCUCCGAAGCACUGAACUGGGUCGGCUACACCUCCGACUCUUCCAACGGGAAAUUCUCUCCUGGAGGAGGAGAUGGAGCACUGUAUUUCAACAUAUCAACCACGGGACCGGGGUCGUAUACGAUGCCGGAUGAGGUUCUGAGAGGCGGAUUUAAAUACAUGACUGUGUUACUACUCACAGAUACGGGGACGCAUGUAACGAAUGCUGUGUCGCCGAAUACUGGGCGGUGGGUGCCUAUGCUGGAGAAGGGGUGGGCGAAUAACGGGACGUUGGGGCCUGGGUCGAGUAUUUUGGUUGAUGGGGCGAAGAGGGAUCAGGCGGUUUGGCCGGGGGAUAUGGGGAUUGCGGAGAGUGUGAGGAAUGCAUUGCAGGUGAUGUUUGAUUACCAGAAUGCUGAUGGGUCGUUACCGGAAUCUGGACCUCCACUCUUGCAGCAGAAGAGCGAUACGUACCAUAUGUGGACGCUGGUCGGGACGUACAACUACAUGCUGUACACGGAGGACGCAGACUUUGUUCUGAAGAAUUGGCCCAAAUACCUCAAAGCCAUUGACUACAUCUACGCCAAAGUAGACUCGUCGGGCCUCCUAAUUCAAACCGGCACCCGCGACUGGGGCCGCUGGAGUACCGGCUUCAACAACACAGCCGCAAACAUCCUCCUCUUCCACACCCUCCAAACCAGUGCCCUCCUCGCAACUUGGCUCAACGACACUACCUCCCUAGCCUCCACAUGGCGCACCCGCGCCACAUCCCUCCAGUCCGCCCUCCUAACCCACUCUUUCGACCCCUCCCACGGCGCCUUCCGCGACAAUGCCACAAACACUUCUCUCUACCCGCAAGACGCCAACAGCCUCGCCCUCCUCUUCUCCCUCAUCCCACCCACCUUCCCAACCGCAUCUUCCAUCUCCGCCGCCCUAACCCAAAACUGGACCCCCCUCGGCGCCCAACCCCCCGAACUCCCAGCACACUUUAGAUCCGGGUGCGCAGACCGCGGUCUCGACCUCAUACGACGGAGUUGGGGCUGGUACGCUAAGCACCUCAACGGGCUGAGAAGGGGGUAUGAAAACGAUGCGAGUUAUGUGAGUCAUAGUCAUGGUUGGAGUGCUGGACCGACGAGCGCGAUGACGGAGUGGGUGGCUGGGAUGAGGGUUACGGAGCCGAGGGGGAGGAGGUGGGAGGUUCAGCCGGGGUUUGGGGAUUUGAAGAGGGCGGAGGCGGGAUUUAGGACGGGGUCGGGUAAGUUUAGGGUGGGGUGGGAGAGGGGAGAAGGGGGUUAUAGUUUAGUGAUUGAGACGCCGGUGGGGACGAGGGGAUGGGUGAGGUUGCCGGAUCCGGUAAUAGUACACAAACUGUAA